AUGAGUGUACGCACUCAAGUGCUCAGUGGGUACCGGCGUCUGCUGCGCGCAAGUCGUCAGGCGUUCCGAGGAGACGUUUAUGCGCUACAAGAGGCUCGUGUGGCGCUGCGUGAGAAUUUCCUAGUCAAUAGCCAAGUGCGUGACAGCGAGGAGCUGAAGGCACUUGUGAAAGGCAUCGAUGAGGCUGAAGGGAUGCUACUGCACCAUAUCGUCCAGGGUCGUGCCAAGCAGGUGGAGAACGAGGCUCGACCGCGUUUCGAAGUGAAGCUCACCGAUCCGCAACGUCAGGCCAUGCGGAAGGACGAGGAGAUCAUGCCGCUCACGGAAGAGUCAGCAAGUGAGCCGCUUGUCGUGAACUCUGGCAAUGUCUGCCAACGUCCGUCCUAG